UAAAGAUGAUAUUUUAUUGUUUUAAAGGUUUAGAUUUCUGACUGGCGACAUGGUGGCUUAGCGGUUAGCACUAUUGCCUCGCGCCUCCUGGGUCCGGACAGUAUAGAGAAUUCAAGAUGAUAUGCACCUUUGCGAAACUGGAAAAAUGGGUGUCUACACCAGGAAUCGGCGAAAAGCUGAUCAGUGACCUGGAGAGAAAACUUGGCAAUGAUGGAAUGGAAGAUUUAGAAAAUGGAUUAAAGGACAAAGAACCAAAAAAUGUUUUAUGUUUCAAUGCACACAAUAUUGAUGAGAUCAGGAAAAAUAAAGAACUUGCCAAAUUUCUCAGUACAACAGAGGCCACAACAGUUCCUAAACUUACAUAUAGCAUGUUUUUUAAAAAAGGUGGUUCUGGCUCAUCAGAAAAUAAAAAUCAAAGCUUCAGUGAUGUUGAGGAGAUCACUGAUAUGAAUGCAGAUGUAAGCAGCAGUGGUUAUGAAUCUGUACUAAGCUCAACUUUAAAUGAUGGAGACGAGGAUAAUAUGACUUCUGGUAAUGAAGACAAGAGGAGUGAGUCCAAAACUACUGAACAGCUCCAUGGACAAUUAGUUGUCCCAAUGGACUAUGAGGUCAAAGCUAACGGACCAUCACAGGAACCUAUGGACAUGCAGGAUACAGACAUUGAUAAAGAGCGGUGUCAAAAAUUUAAUAUUGUAGUAAAUAAAGAAAUGACAAUGCCAAAUAAACAAAAAAACAAUAAGGUAACACCACUUGAAAAUGGAUUUGCAAGCAUGGAAAUGCAGAAUACACACAUUGAUCAAAUGAAUGAGGAACUCCAAAAAUCAAAUGUUCCAAAUUUCCCAAGACAUGAAGUAUACCUGUGUCCAAAUGACAGAAUCACCAAAACAGAAAAACCACUAGCAGAUGAACCUGAAAGCACAGUCAUGAAAUAUAAACACAUUAAUGAGACAAAUGAUGAACCAAAAAGGUCAAGUGUCCCAAUUGAUGAAAAUGUAUUGCAAAUCUCCAGUACAAAAGCAUCAUUAAAAGAUGAAAAGGGAAGUACAGAUGUACAGGUUGCAGACACUGAUGGGACAAAUGAAAAAACACAAAGACUACAUUUCCUGAAUGCCCAAAGGAAUGAAGAUUUAUUCAUGGACAAAAAUGAAAAGUCCCAGAAAAUUGAGAAAGAUGUGAUAAUGCACCAAAAUGAGUUAACCACCAAAAUCAGAACACCACUAGAAGAUAGAUUUGGAAGGACAGUCUUGCAGGAUGCACACAUUGAUGGGACACAUGAUAAACCUAAAAUGUCAAAUGUCCCAAUAAAUAAAGAUGUAUUGCUGUAUAAAAAUGAGCAAAUCAUAAAAGAAGGAAAACAACAACAAGACAGACUGGGGAAAAUUAACAUGAAGGAUACACCCAUUGGUGAGCUAGAUGAGAAACCUGAAAAAUCAAAUGUCCCUAUCAAUAAAAAUGUAUUGCUGGACAAAAAUGAGCAAAUCACCAGUAAAGAAGCACUUUUAGAAGAUGGAUUUAAAAGCACAGACAUGCAGGAUUCAGAUACUGACGAAACAAAUGAUGAAUCUCGACGGGCAAAGGGCCCUCAUGCUCCAACUUUUAAAAGUAUUUAUCUGGGCCAAAAUGAGUCAAUCACCAAAACCAAAACACCACUAGAAGAUAAACAUAGAAACAUAGCCAUGCAGGAUACACACACUGAUGAGACAAAUGCUGAACCUAAAAGAUCAAGUGUACCAAGGAAUGAAGAUAAACUUCUGUAUGAAAAUAAGCAAAUCAAAGAAGCACCUUUAGAAGACAGAUAUGAAAGCAUGGAUGUGCAGGAUGCAGAUAUUGAGGACAUAAAUGAUGAACCUCAACGAUCAAAUGUCUUUGAUGUUCUACCACAUGGAAGUAUAUAUCUGUGCCAAAAUGAGCCAAUCACCAAAAUGGAAACACAAUUAGAAAACAAAUCACCAACCACAGACACCAAGGAAAUUGAGGAGAUUAAUGUGCAGUCUCAAAGAUCUAAUGCUUUAGUGCAUGAAAGUGUGACAAUGCACCUAAAUGAGUCACACCAAAAAAACAAAAAAACACUAGAAGAUAAACUUAGAAGCACAGUCAUGCAGGCUACACAGAAUUAUGAGAUAAAUGAUGAACAAAAAAGAUCAAGUAUACCAAGGAAUGAAGAAGUUCUUUACCAAAAUGAGCUAAUCACCAAUAAAGAUGCACCAUUAGAAGAUGAAAUUGAAAACAUCAAUGUACAGGAUGCAGACAUUGAGGACAUGUAUGAUGAGCCUCAAAGAUCAAAUGUCCCUGAUGUUCUAACACAAAGAAAUAUAUAUCUGCACCACAAUAAUUUAACCACCAAAAUAGAAACACCAAUAGAGGAUGAACUUAGAACCACAUUUAUGAAAUAUAAACACAUUAAUGAGACAAAUGAUGGGCCUAAAAAUUCAAUUGUUUCAAGGAAUGAAGAUGUGCUGCUGUACCAAAAUGAGCAAAUCAUUAGUAAAGAACCAACAUUAGAAGAUGAAUUUGAAAAAACAGAUAUGCAAAAUGCAGAUAAUGAUCAAAUAAAUAUGAAACCACAAAGCCAUGACAAUGUAAGUUUGAACAAAAAUGUGAAAUUCCCUAUAAAAGAAACAUCACUAGAAAAUACUAGAUCAAAUGUCCCAAUCGAUGAUUUGUUGCUGUACCAAAAUAAGCAAAUCACCAGAAAACAAGCACCAUUAGAAGUUGAGCUUGAAAGCAUGGAUGUGCAGGAUGUAGAUAUUGAUGAUAUAAGUGAGAAACCACAAAUAGUAUGUCUGACAAAUGAUGAUGUGUUGCUGAACCAAAAUGAGCAAAUCAAUGAUAAAGAAGCACCAUUAGAAGAUGAACAUGAAAGACCUGAAAAGCUUUUGGGCAGAGCUGAAGAGGAGAGUGUGCAGGAGAGGGCGCUAUGA